AUGGCGACUAGAGGUAGCAGAUCGGAGAAAGUUAAGAGGAUUUUUCAGCAAUUCGACGGGAAUCGCGAUGGUGGGCUUAACCGGGAAGAGAUGGCGGCUCUGGUCGUAGCUGUAAACCCUAGAGUGAAAUUCAGUGACGAACAGAUCAACGCGAUUCUCGACGAGGUUUUCCGAACCUACGCCGAAUUCAUCGACCCAAACAAGGGCUUGACCUACGACGGUCUCCUCCGUACCUAUGACGACGGCGCCGGAGAUGUCGACAGGGAUUUCGACGCAUUAGGGCUCGAGCUAAACGCCGACGAGACAACGAAAGGCUCGGAGGCUUCUUCCUCUUCGAUUACCGAUGAGAGAGCUGUCGAGGCGCAGAAGAAGCAGAGAACAGCGGCUUGGGCGGUUUCUCCGAAUCACGGGAUCGUAUUUGACGAGACGUGGAAACUAGUCGACGAUCUGGAGAUUCUGGUGAAGAGGUUGAAAUCGAAACAGGAGAAAGAUGGGAAACUGAAGGCAGAUAAUAGUAACAACAACAACAACAACGUUGAUGCGUUUUCCGACGCCGGGUGGUCUCGGGAGUUGGGUCCGUCGGCGGAAAUCUCAGAGAAGAGAAUCUAUUGGGAAGAAUCGAGCCACGAUUACACAGUGUUUGUGAAGGAAUUGGGAGUGUUGAGAAGCAAAGCAGAUGGAGCUAGGUCGAGAGAAGAGGCUUUCGAUGGACAUAUGGCGAUUGGUAGGGUUUUGUACGAGCACCAGCUGUUCAAAGAAGCUCUCGUUAGCUUCAAGAGAGCUUGCGAGUUGCAGCCGACGGAUGUGAGACCUCAUUUCAAAGCUGGGAACUGUCUCUACGUUUUGGGGAAAUGCAAAGAAUCGAAAGAUGAGUUUUUGUUGGCGUUGGAAGCGGCGGAGUCAGGAGGGAACCAAUGGGCUUAUCUGCUUCCUCAGAUUUACGUCAAUCUCGGUAUCGCUCUCGAAGGAGAAGGUAUGGUUUUGAGUGCUUGUGAGUACUAUAGGGAAGCUGCGAUUCUGUGUCCUACGCAUUAUAGAGCCUUGAAGCUUCUAGGUAGUGCCCUCUUCGGUGUAGGAGAGUAUAGAGCAGCGGUUAAGGCCUUAGAGGAAGCUAUAUACUUGAAACCGGAUUACGCUGAUGCUCACUGUGAUCUAGCUUCUUCGUUGCACUCGAUGGGUGAAGACGAGAGAGCCAUCGAGGUUUUCCAGAGAGCGAUAGAUUUGAAGCCUGGCCAUGUCGACGCUCUGUAUAAUCUCGGCGGGCUUUACAUGGACUUAGGUAGAUUUCAGAGAGCUUCGGAGAUGUACACUAGGGUUUUAGCGGUAUGGCCUAACCAUUGGCGCGCGCAGCUCAACAAGGCGGUCUCUUUGUUAGGUGCUGGAGAGACUGAGGAAGCUAAGCGAGCGCUUAAGGAAGCUCUGAAACUGACGAACCGGGUCGAGUUGCACGACGCCAUAUCUCAUUUGAAACAUUUGCAGAAGAAAAAGGGUAAAAGCAAUGGAAACGGUAACGGAGGAGAAGGUCCGUUUAUCAUCGUGGAGCCUUCCAAGUUCAAGACCGUGGGAGAGAGGACGACUUUGAGGCCUGAUUUAGCCACGGCUCUUCAGAUUAGAUCCUUUCAGAGGGUCACAAGGCUCGGCAAAUGCGACGUGGAGGAUGUGCGAAAGGAGAUGAGAGACAACGAUGUCCCUGUUUCGUAUUCCGGAAGCGGCGGGCCGACGAAAUCGAUCCGGAAACCCAACUUGGAGGAGAUUCUCCGGCGUCUUCUUAUCUCAUUGAAACCGGAAACUUUUCAAGGAGCGAUUAAGGCGAUUAACGAGAGGAUCCUUUCGGUUCUUGAUGAUUCAGGGUCGGGAAGAGUCGAUAUGGGUAUGUUUUACGCCGUGAUCGCGCCUUUGUGCGGUGGACAUUCAGACAAACGGAAAAGAGUUGCUUUCGACGCGCUUCUUUGGAGACCAGUGAACGAAGGAAGCUCUCAGAUUACGAAAACGGACGCAGACAAAUACAUCAAACUGUUGAGAGCUAUUUACAUUCCAUCACACGGAAUGAGUGAAAUGCUAGAAGUUCACGGCGUAGAAGAAGCUGAUUCCUCCAUGACGGUGACGUUUAACCAGUUUUUAGCCAUGUUCGACGACCCUGAUUGGGGAUUCGGAAUCAUGUCUACGAUCCUUAAGCUGGAGACGAACGAUAGGAACCGACAUGGAAACCAAGUUUGCUCGGUUUGUAGGUAUCCGAUCAUUGGGUCUCGGUUUAAGGAAGUGAAAGCCCGGUUUAGUUUGUGUAACCAGUGCUACAGUGAAGGGAAGGUCCCUCCUUCGUUUAAACAGGAGGAAUACAAGUUCCGAGAGUAUGCGAGUGAAGCUGAAGCCAUGAAAGCUAAGUGCGUUUGUUUUUCGAUGCAAUCUCAUAAAAAACCGAUUGCCACUUGA